CCUUCCCUCCCUCCCUCCCUCCCUCCCUCCCGGUUAUAUCAGAGCGGUUAUAUCAGAGUCGAAAAGAUUCGAGCAAUUUCUAACUCAGUAGAUAGUAAGUAAGCUCUAUCUCUCUUGCCAUGGAGGUGUCCGUUUCCUCCUCCUUCUGUGUCGACAAUCGUAUUUUUUCUCAGAGGAAGAGCUUAAUUGCUGGGCAGAAGCCAUCCAUAGGCAGCACUGCCAAAGCUACUCUCUCCUCUAAUUUCAUGCCUCCCUUUGUUGGGGGUAGCAUCUCGGCGGACUUCUCAGGCCUCAAGAUUCGCCCCCCUUCUCUUAAACCCUCUUCUUCGGGUUCUCGUGGUAAACGGGGAGUUGUAACAAUGGUCAUUCCAUUUUUAAGAGGAAAUGCAUGGGAGCAGCCGCCUCCUGAUCUAGCAUCUUAUUUGUACAAAAACCGGAUCGUAUAUUUGGGCAUGUCACUUGUACCAUCUGUUACAGAGUUGAUAUUAGCAGAGUUUUUAUACCUUCAAUACGAGGAUGCAGAGAAGCCAAUAUACAUGUACAUUAACUCCACUGGCACAACAAAGGGUGGGGAAAAGCUGGGUUAUGAGACAGAGGCAUUUGCAAUAUAUGAUAUCAUGAGAUAUGUAAAGCCACCUAUUUUCACCCUCUGUGUGGGUAAUGCGUGGGGAGAAGCGGCCUUGCUUUUAGCUGCUGGUGCAAAAGGAAAUCGUGCUGCUUUGCCAUCAUCGACAAUCAUGAUGAAGCAGCCAAUUGCAAGGUUUCAAGGUCAAGCAACCGAUGUUGAGCUUGCCAGAAAAGAAGUUAAAAAUGUGAAGGAUGCGUUGGUUACCCUAUAUGCGCGGCAUAUAGGAAAAUCUCCAGAGCAGAUUGAGCAAGAUAUCAGGCGCCCGAAAUAUUUCAGUCCCAGUGAAGCAGUUGAAUAUGGUAUCAUUGAUAAGGUUUUGUAUAAUGAAAGAGGCCGAGAAGAUCGCGGAGUGGUGGCUGAUCUGAAAACAGCCCGUCUUAUAUAAUGGGCAUGCUCCAACAAAUUGUAAGAAGUUGUCAAGUGGUUAGGACUCUCAUUGGCUUUCAGAGCAUUUGGGCAUUUCAGAAAUUUUUGGGUUUUGGUGUGAUUGAGACUACGGUUUGUGUGGGCGAUGACAACCAGGUCAUACGAGGUGCAACUUUUAAAACUUUCAGCAAAAAGAAUGGACACAUUUUAUCGCCCGUCUGACUCCAUUGUCUUAAUACAUGACAGUAAUGAAAUUUUGACACAGGAAACUAGACUGAAAAAUACAAAUGAGAAACAAACCUUGGCUCAAGAGAAGCUACUGCCACAUCCUCAAUAGGUGCACCAAAAAAGAAAAAUUUGCGUGAGAAAGUGCACAUCAGAGAUCCCCAGGAUGACCCCUUACGACAAUGUACACUCCAUCUAAUCUCCCCAGAUCGAUAACACAUCCUCUAGAGAGAUCGAUAACACAUCCUCUAGAUUGCAAGUUCCAUUCUUCUAGGUUUUGGGUGAAAAAGUCCUACGUAAGACAUUCCAAGUUGAUGACUCUUUUUUCCCUUCGGAUCUCUAACAAAAAGCUGAUCGGAAGAAUACUCAAUGUCACCUCCUCUCUCGGGCCCAAACUCUUUAGGAAGAUUAUAUAUCUCUUUGUUUUAGUGUAAAGAAACCAAUGGAGUUGCAGGUUGAAGGCCAUGUUCCUCUUAUCUACUUGGACUCUUAAACAGUGAUGUGGAAGAAAACUCUAAACUACUCUCUUUCCUCCAACCCAAAAACCUUGUAAAAGUCAUGUGCUCCUCUCUCUUUAUGUUUGAAAACCUCUUGAGAACCUAGCCCUUAGGCCCUCCACAUGAUUGCUCAGAGAACCCUAUAUAUAGCACAUAAAGGAGUGAGCUAUUUUAUAUAUGUAGUAGUAGUGGUAUAGUGGAUGUAAAAUGAACUUGCUUUCUAAUUCUAAUGGGAUAUUUUGGUAUGAGAGGGUCAAUCCUAGUCAUUCAUCAUGUGCCCUGUCAUCAUAAAUCAAGGGUAGGGAACACAUUUUGAAGAUCAUCCACCAUGUUUGAGUCCAUGGGGCCAGGUUGGUGAAUGGAUCAAACUAUUGGCCCAUGUUCACAAACCUGUCCCACAUUAAAGGCCCCACAACUCUCUCCAUGAUCUCUUAAACUUUUUGCCAUGCAAACAAGUUAAUAAAUCCAAAUGACUCACUAUAUAAACAAAACUUUUAUUCCAAACAUAACCUCUGGUUAAACAUAAAACCACUACACAACAUUUAGGUAACUAAAUGUCUAAAUACAAAAUCACUACACAAUAUACUGGUGGUUAAAUAACAAAUAACAGCUAUUUUUAUUUUCCUUUAUAGACUUUUUGAAACCCUCUUAAGAAAACCUUAUAAGAGUAUGCUAGCACUGAACCUCGAUCCUACGUGGUGCUUUCAAACUACCCUAUGACUCCAUUCAAGACCUUAAACUAUUCCUAGGGGCCCAUGGUCCCAUGUUUCUUCAUGUAAGGAGCUAGCCAAGGCAUAGAAAAGCCAUAGAUAGCCAUUGAUUGCAAGUGCUUUCCCCAAGGACAAGUUUAGGGUCCACUGCAGAUAUUAACCAUUGCAUAGGGCUGGGCCAGCUUCCGCCUUUCGGGGAGCAUCUCUCAGGUGUGUGCGUACCGAUCCAUGUUGCUUGUUGGCUUUCGAGCCUACGCUUGCUGGCUUUGAAAAGACUGGGAGCUCAUGUCAAGGCUUUCAAGCAUCACAAGCUUCCAUCCUAACACCUAGGAAGCUAUUUCAUCUUGUGGCCAAAUGACGUUCACCACCAAGCUAUGCUGACCUUGAUAGGGUACCCAUAAGCCCUCGUUGGCAAUGCACAUCAUAGGGAUCAAGCCUAUCCCGCCGGAGCUAAGGGUCCACCCAUCUAGCCAAGGCCUAGUUGCAUGUCAAAGCCAGAGUGAUAGAGCCCACUGCAUCCUAGAUAGAGACAACAUUAACUAGCUCAAAUGACGUUUUAUCCAAGUGGAUUUUGUUCAUGCCCCACUGUAAUGAGCUUGUUUCAUCAAAGUGCAGCGCAUAUAUCCUAGAGGAAUCAUUCAUGUAGCGUAGGCUCAUAUCACUUGUUUCAUCCAUGUGAGUCCAACAUUCCAACUCAUUUUUUGAAUGUUCUGAAAUAUAAAAGCCUGUGUAAAUAAAAAUCUCUUCGCCUCUUUCAUUCAUGGAGUCUUCUCACAUGGCUGCUUUCAUCAAUGGAGGUGGUACUCAUCGCUUUAAUGAUCCGUUUUACCCAAGUAGAGCCACACUCACGAGUAAAAAUAAAAUAAAAUAAUAAUUAAAUAAAAAAUAAUGUGUCAGCUGAAAUCUAAUUACCCAGUAUCUAGGCUUUUAAGGGCCACAAAACCCAACGGUUAAUGGUUUAUAUAAACUCUUUUUGUUAUUAUGUCUAGGCAGGUUUGAAUGUAAACUGGGUGAGAUGUGUGGCUCAAAAAGAUUUUUAGGUCUGAAAGAGCCCAGAUGUGAACUAUUUGCUGAGAGAACUUUGUCAAAUUUAAUCAUUUAUGUGAA